AUGGAGAAAGUUGAAUUGGGUAUCUCAGAACCCUCUCAAUUCCCUCCUUACCGUCGAUCUCAUUUACGCAGCCAAACUUACCACACUCUUGUUCGCAUCAUCUCUCACCUUUCUGCUUCCACCACUCACUCCCUCAAUGUUCCUGAUAAUGGCAGCGGUAGAAUGGGGCAAGAAAUUCAGGAAAAGGAGCCUGAAUGCUCUGAAUUUGUUAGUUCUGGUUUUAUGGAUCCCAAGGAUCCUGUGCCCAAGAAGGAGGAAAUACUGGAGGUCCAUGAGACCAUUGAUGGGGUUGGAGACAAGGUCAUGGAUUUUAGUGCCAAUAUGAUUGUUCUAGAUGAUCUAGAACUUAUGAUGGGAUUAGAGGAAACGUCUACACAAGCAGAUGGCUUUAAUAUGGAGCAGAGGCUAAUGGAUGAGUUGGAGCUGGUUGUGAAAGGAACUGAAGAUCUUGUUUGUGAUAGUGGUUUAAUCCCCUUGAACUCAGGAUUAGAUGAUAAACAGAAUGGCGGCAGUGAAGUUGAGUUGAUGGAUUACCAAGUACAGCAUUCUGAUGUGAACACAUCUGAAAAUGCAAGUAAGUUGCAAGUACGAGGAGAGCUUAAUCAACUUGCCUCGCAAGGCUUUCAUCCGUCUUUAAUGUUUAAUGUGGACACAUCAACAAUGGGACAAGCCUCUACAAUUAGUACAUCAAGUAUAAUGAACGGAAGUCAACAAAAGGAAACAGCAUUGGUUAAAUCAGUUUGUGGUUUAGAAUCUCUUCCUACUACCGAAGAGGGUGAGUUUGAGAAGGAAGAACAAUGUGGUCAAAAGGUUGCUGAAGCAAUGCAAACUGCUUUAGAUCUGGAUAUAGAUAGUGAAGAAUUGAAUAUGAGUGGAGAUGGUGGAUUAUUGGAUUCUGCUAUUUUAAAAGAAAAACAUGAAAUGCGCAGUGGAGAGGAAUUAGACAAAUUAGUUUGUGUGAACAAUGCAAUUAAUUCUUCCAAUAUUCUGAUUGAAAAAGAAGACGUAGAAGAGGGAGAAAUUUCUGGAGACUUUGGAAUGGCUGACAAUUCAUUUGAUAUGUCUUCUGCAGAUUCUUUAAUUUUACAACAGGUGAAUGUAGAUGAGGUUCAGAAGCCCAAAAAUAGAAUAGAAAAUGUGGAACCUAGGACUAGUGAUAAAAAUGGGAUUGCAUUUGGAACUAAAGUAGCUAUCUCUCGAGAAACAAAUAAAUGUGAUAAGGCAGGUCAAUGUGUCUCUGUGCUGAAGCCUGAUAAUAGCAAAGACAGACACAUAGGAAGUAAAGGGAUCAAUGAAGUGCCAACAAAUUUAACUCAAAAUCAAGUCUUGCGCAGAGGUUCCUUGGAAGAAAACGCUACCAAAGAUCAUGUUAACUCGUCUGCAGCAAAGAAGAUGGUUGAUGUCAGCGAAAAGAAAAAACGUGGUCCUGGUUCUGAGGAGAAGAAAGAUAAAAAGAAGGCAAAGAAACGAAAGAAGCGAGCAGAAGAGAACAGAAAACAAGGUGUUAAAAGGAUGAAGUUGCUUCCAGUACUGAAACCAAAAACUGUCAUGCAUUGUCGCCAUUAUCUCAAGGGAAGGUGCCAUGAGGGUGACAAGUGCCAUUUUUCACAUGAUACAGUGCCAUUGACAAAAUCCACGCCUUGCAGUCACUUUACUCGUGGAAAAUGCUUGAAAGGGGAUGACUGCCCAUUUGAUCAUCAGCUUUCCAAGUAUCCUUGUAACAAUUUUGUGUCCAAAGGCUCUUGUAUCAGAGGUUAUGCUUGUAUGUUUUCACACCAGGUGCCAGCCAAGCAAGAUAUUCCUACUCCUUCAAAUGUUUCCAUACCAGAGUUGAAGUCUCCACACCCGUCUGGAAAUAUAAAUUUAAAUAUUACACUUAACAAUCAUGGUAGUUUUGUCCAGCAAAAUCACUUUACCAAUUCUUCAGGAACUCAUUCUCACAUCAAUGCAGAACAUAAGGUGGCAGACACUGUGCAGAAACAGCCUACCCGGGCACCCAAAGGAAUUAGUUUCAUCAAUGUUGCAAAAUUAUCACUCAGCCCUAAUACACCGAAACAAGGAGUGGUAACACAAAACAAGGAAAGUCUUGUCCAAAGUGGAACCCGAUCAGACCAAAGUAUAUCUGGCAAAACACCAAACACACUGGAAAUUCCUAAGAAAUUUUCAGCUGUGACACCUAAGGGAAUUAACUUUCUUUCUUUUGGUAAAGGUCCUGUUUGCAGUUUUAAAAGUUCUAUUAGCUCCCUUGUAAUGAGGGAAAAUGGUGUCAAGUUUCCUCAGUUAGUCAAUUUUGGUUUGCCCGAGCAGGCAAGUUCUCUGAAUAAGGAUGAUCACAGCAAAGUUAGUGAGGGAACAAAACAAAAUGUACCGCAGACUGAUCUAUUCUCAAAGGAGAUUUCAGACACAAAUCAAUCUGUGGCAGAAGGAAUGAAAUUUAAGUUUCCAGGGAAUGUUUCCACAGAUGAUUCUACAACUGAUUUACGGUGCAGCUUGCUCUCUAACCGGGAUCACAAACAUAGUAAAUCAGUUCAAGAGGGAAAAAAGACAUCUGAUGAUUCUCGGACUUCAAAUGUGACCUCAUCUAUGCUUCUGGUUUCUCCAUUUGUUUCACGUCAAUAUUCAGAACGCCUAGUAUCUGGAUAUCAUAAACAAGCAUCAAACUCAGGCCAAAGAGCAUUCUUAUCGACUUUAGAAUUUGCAGCAGAGCAUGAAUCGGAUAUUAAGAUGAAAUGCUGUGCUGGUGCUUCACCUGUAUGAUCAUAGGAGAAUAAGGAAAACAAUAAUAGCAGUCCAGAGUUUGAAAAAGUAGUUUUGUUAAACUCAAGGUUUCAAACCAUUAAGUUCUUGGUGAUUGGAAUCAAGGCACUUCCUAGCUGAGUGGAUAUGAUAACCAGAGGGUUGUUUAUUGAUGUGUUGUGCUGUAGUCUUUCUGCAACUUUACUUUGGAACUGUUCUAUUUUUCUUGCAGCAUGAUUGCAGGUAUAAUAGCACUUGUUGCUAAUGGCAAUUACUUCUCUUAAGGUUAAUGGUUUACACCAAUAUGUGGAUUUAUACUUCCCCUCAGGAAAAAUGUAUUUCUUGACUGU